GUCAUUGCUCUAUAUCAAAGACUGUUCAAUAAAUACCUUUUUUUAUUAAAGAUAAAAAGAGGUUGAUACUCUAAUAAAUCAUGCUUAUAAUUGCAAUUAUACUCCAACAAUUAAUUGUAAUUAUUUUUUUAAUGAUUUAAGCUUAUCACUUACAGCCAGCUUCUAGUGCUUCUCAGCUCAGAGAAGGCAAUUUCUUUGUCCAAGACUGUCACGUGAUCUUGUGUUGUAAUUUCCUAAAAACCAAAGUAUAUAAAUGAGGCACUCAGGCAGUGUGACAGAAUGUGUGUUUUUAAUUGUGAGAGACUGAUGUGUGUGCAGGAGAAGCAGUAAUGAUGAAGUGCUUGUAUCUUUUGUCUGUUGUGUUUCAAAUGGCUGCAGGCUGUGCUCUUGAAAAAAAUCACAAAGAAAUUACACAACACAAAGGUGAUUCAGUGCUGAUACCCUGCUCCUGCUCUGACCUGCUCUCCAAACCUCAGACUUUCACCUGGGAGACCUUCAGAACAGGACGUCUGACUGAAGUGUUAAAUGAUGAACACUACCGUGGCAGAUAUCAGCUGUUUAAUAACAUUUCUCCUGCUAAUCUGUCACUACUCAUAUCUGACCUGAGAGAAGAAGAUCAGGGAAUCUACAGGUGUAGCACUGAGAAGGAACACAGAGACAUCAUUCUUUAUGUUAAAGGCUGUGAGCUGGUGAAGAAGACAGGGGUAGAGAAGGUGACUGGGUUCAUAGGAGAGUCUGUAGUUCUGCCCUGCGUCUGCACUGACCUACAGAACGACCCGAAGAGGGUAACAUGGGAGUUUAAUAAAAACAAUCACUUUCAGGAAAUUUACUCUAAACAGACUGGAAAUCACAGUAACAGAGUGAAACUGGUCAGUAAAAACCCUCCAGGAAACCUCUCUCUACUCAUAUCAGACCUGACUGAAGAGGACCAGGGAACCUACAUAUGUUCUGUACAGGCUGAUAGCAUCCGUUUCAGUCUAUCUGUUAAAGUGGGAGGAAGAGAAACUUCGACACAACCAAGGAAAACAGACACAACACCUAUAUCAGAAGAACCUCAUUGUAAAACAGCAACCACUCCACCUUCAUCAUCCUCAACAACACAAGAUACUUACAAAACCUCCGUAGCAACAGUGAACCAAAAUAUACACAAUGUUGGAAUUAGCUUCUCUUUAGUUAUUGUCAUUCUGAUGGUCUUACUGCUGCUGAUAUCCAGUGUAGUUGCAUUUGUUUGUUGGCGAUGCAAAGGUGGAAGGUGUGUCAAGAACAUCAUUACUGACGUAAGUCUGAACUGUAAGGGAAAGCCGGAGGAUAAGAUUAUGUCUGAAGAUGCUUUAUUUACUACUGUCACUUACACUUGCUACUCUACUGAUGCACAUUAACACAGCCGAAGCAGCACUUUUUCAGUUCAUCGGUGGAGAGAAAAUUUUAUAUUCCAGCAUUAUAACAACCUCAUCCACAGUAAAUAUAGACAAAUUGUUAUAUACAAAGAAAAUAGUCCCUGAUAGAUGAUUGAUAAUCAUUUUAAUUACAUUUUGAAUGUCAUAUUAUAUCAGGGUAAGAAAUAAAAGUCCAGAAGGCUGUUGCCAGCAUGCUGUUUUGUGUAAAAAAAAAAGACUGAUACUGAAGUUCUUGCUUGCUUGUGAGUAAAAUGAAAAGAAGGUCUAUUGUUAAAUCAAAUCUUGUUAAGACUUAAUGUAUUUCUAUUUUAGCUUUUGUAACAAUUUUCAUAAUAGUUGCUUGUAUUUAAAAUUUUUUGUUUUGAAAGCACACAGUUACCACAAAAGAGCUCUAAAUGGAUGUGUGAACCAGUUU